AUGCCGGUCAAGCGUCCUGUCGUCCACCGUGUAUGCAUCAACGGCCAACCAGUUUUUGCUAAGGCUCGUCGGCUGAGCCCCGAGAAGCUUGCCAUCGCGCGUCAAGAAUUUGAUCACAUGCUGGCGGUCGGCAUAGCUUCCACAAUGACAGAUGACUCAGUAGAAACCUCAAAGCUUCUGUUCUUCUGCUGUGAGAAGGAUGGAGACGGUACUGCCACUCAAAUUGAGAGCGUACCAACAGUGGACGUGGGGACUGCGUGCCCAGGUGUGCAGUACGAGACGAAGGGCACCGGGACCAUCUACAAGGAAGUGUAUUUCGGUGGCUACAAGUCUAUCGUAGAUGAUGAACAGCGGCUACUGGACCUUACAGGCGUGACGCUCGUGAUCCUGGCCAUCCUACGGAGCCUGCUUCCAGACAGAUGCCGCCACCCUCGUGAACUUGACAUCAAUGGCAAACUCAUACUCUUUCUAAUGAAGACGAAGCACGACCUGCCAUUUUCCUGUUUGGCGUCACUUUUCGGCAUUCACCGCACCACAGCAGCGAAAAUAUUUAAGCUUUUCAUGAUAAACCUGUGUGCGGCAACGAGGUCGUGGCUGUUCUGGCCUAGCAGGGCUGCUAUACGAGCAACUAUGCCGCCUAGUAUUUCACUGAUGUACCCAAACUGCAGGGUCAUCAUUGAUUGUACUGAACUGAAGGCUGAAACACCACCAGGUGUGGAGGCACAAAAUAUGUGGUACUCCCACUAUAAAGGGACAUACACAAUCAAGUACCUGGUGGGAAUAGCACCGAAUGGCCUGGUCACCUUCCUCUCCCCAGGAUUCGGAGGGAGGGCCAACGACACUAGCCUCACAGUUGAAGCUGGUGUGUUGCCACUGUUGGAACCAGGAGACCUUGUACUCGCUGACAAAGGCUUUCCCGGAAUCCGAACAGGUGUUGGACAGCAAGGAGCUACACUAGUAAUGCCUCCUUUUGCAACCAAGCCGCAGUUCACUGAGGCAGAAGCAGAUGCCACCUACGAUACUGCAUCUGUACGAAUCCACGUGGAAAGAGUCAUCCAGAGGCUACGCAUAUUUGAUAUUUUAAAUACAAGAAUUCCCCAAGAACUUUUAAACAAAAUUAUGCACAUAGUAUGUGUGCUAACUAACCUCAGGCCUGGAAUAUUUCGAAAAGUGCAGCCUACUGUCGAUGACACGCAGUGA